UUCAUAUAGGUUAUAAAUCUAUCUGUUUUGAACUAAUAUUCUAUAAAUAUGUGAUAAACUUUCAUCGAUAUAACAUUUUCUAGUGUUCUAUCAAAAUAAAUUGAGUCAACAUGUUAUACGACGACUUUAAACCUAUUGUAGACCUCGUGUUUAACAAUUGGACGGCUUUACAGCUGGCUGUUGAACAUGGGAUGGGUGCUCCAGGCGGUGAAAAGACGGCGCAAUUAAUGUCAGUGUACGUAGCGAGGUAUUGUGUCGAAAAUGUGGUAGAUAGAGAUGAUUUAACAGAACUCUUAGAAGACUUGAUGGACGAAGAGUUUGAAACCGUAUGCCACGAUAACUCGCCUAAAGAAGUAUCGUCGUUGCUCGUUUUCUUCCUUGGACUGUUGAAAGAAGGACGGCAUGAUGAACUGCGUAGUCACAUAGAAGCUAUGCCUAAAUGUCAAAAAUGGCUUAGUGAACCCAUUCAUGAGUCAGUCCCACCACAGUGCCAUGGUAAUCCUGACGAUGACACAACAAGUAGUGAUGAUGAUGAUGAUAAUGAUGAUGAAGAGCAACAAAUCCAACCUAAUUCAGAAGUAGCGACAACAUCUAACCAAGCAGAUGGAGUUGAACCCAUGGACGAAGAUGACUUAGAACCUGGCUGGACUGUUGUCCGAACACGCAGGCGAAAAUAAAUGAAUACUACAUAUCAGUCAUUUUAAUAUGAUAUUAUGGUAUUUGCUAUCUGUAUUAAAACACUUUUUAUCAAUGUGUGUCGUAGUCUUGAUAUAUAUUACUCUAUGUUGUGGAUAAAGAUUUUAAAUUGUUACAUGAAAUUUAAGUAAUGUAUAUUAUUAUCUUUAUCUGAAUAUUUGAAAUGAUAAACUACAGCUAAGUAAAAUAUUGGUGUCAUAAAAUGUAAUUAAGGUUCAUACAAUGUUGUCAGUAUAACUAUUACAUUAGACAAAUAACAUACUCUUAAAUAUGUUUAAAAAAAUAUCUAAGUCAUUGAAAUGGAAGCAAUGUAAUGUAUCUACAUUAUUAAGAACAUAUGAGUGAAUAUU